GAUCAUGGUUCAGACCCCCGCAUGCAAAACUUUUGCUUGCAGGCAGGUUGCCAUAGUAGGGCAGAAUCAUUUUAUCAAAUGUUGAGAAAUUUAAUUAUUUUAGGUAUUUUAUGUAUAUUAUUAUUGUCAAAAAAUUCCAAUUCUCAAAAAUUAGAGCAAAGUUAUAAAAACAAUAUGACAGGAAUACAUUCUGUUGCUUAUGUCACAGUACCAACAAUAGAAAUUGCCAAGAAAUUGGCUCAUGGAAUAGUUAAAGGUAAAUUGGCAGCCUGUGUAAACAUAAUACCUCAAAUAACGUCUGUUUACGAGUGGAAGAAUGAAAUCAAAGAAGAUGAUGAAUUGUUAUUGAUGAUAAAAACAAGAACGGAAACUAUCGAUGCUCUUACCAAGUACGUAAAAGAAAAUCAUCCGUAUGAAGUGUGUGAAGUUAUAUCAUUACCUAUUCAGAAUGGAAACAAGCAGUAUUUGGACUGGAUAAGUGAAAUUGUACCGAAAUCUUCAAAGUAAGGACAAACUAAAUUAGAAGAUUUUAAUCUUAAUCAUCAAAAUAUUUUGCAGACUUUAAAUUUAUCUCUUUAUUUCUCUAUUAUAUAAUUCAUAUAUAUAUUUUUCACAUUUGGUUCACAACCAUGAAAACCAUAUUUCAAAUAAUUAGCAAAUACAAUAAUCAUGUUUACAAACAUUAAUUGUAUCUUUUAUGUUUAUAAUAAAAAAUUUUAAAAAGAA